CAUAUUCUCUCCUCCAAUAGAAAAGUUGAGACGCACGCUAUGCUCCUCGCGCUUGGUUGUGGGACAAUGCGCUUUUGAUCCAGGUGUUCAUGCAAUGCGGAUAAUUUGAAAUACCGUUUCAUUCUAUUUCACAGCUCAUGUCCGUUACAGACCUCCGUCGGUCUGUGUGUCAGUCAGUAGACAGUCAUGGCUGUCACAGCCCUGGUCCUGCUAGUUCUCUCCUCUUCACUGUCACACACUGAGGCCGUCUUGUUUGGUGAGCCCAGGAUCUUUGGAGAUGACGCUACUGGCUACGGUCCAAUAUUUGAAGAGGAGCCUCUGGAUAUCGUCUACACAAAGGAGUCCCCUGACAGACUUAUCUCCAUGAACUGUAGAGCACGGGCCAACCCUGCACCCACAUACAGAUGGAGGCGUGAUAACUGGGAGAUCAAGCUGAUGGAGCUGCCCAAUGAACACUACAGUCUGGUGGGAGGGAACCUCAUCAUAAACAACCCUGAAGAGAAGAAACAUGCAGGGACCUACGUCUGUGUCGCCAAGAACGUGUACGGCACCGUCAUCAGCAAGGAGGCCAAGGUCAAGUUUGGAUACCUGGAGGAGUUCCCAGAUGAAGAGAGAGACCCUGUGACUGUGAAGGAGGGCCAGGGGGCCGUGCUGCUCUGUGCUCCUCCCAAGCGAUGGCCAACUGAGGUGACGUUCCGUUGGAUAUACAACGAGUUUCCGGUCUUCCUCCACCCGGAUAAGCGUCGCUUCGUCUCUCAGAGCACCGGGAAUCUGUACAUCUCCAAGGUGGAGGCGUCAGACGCAGGGAACUACUCCUGCUAUGUGUUUAACCCACAGAUUGGCAAGGGAGUCUACUCCAAGUUUAUCCCUCUCAUAUCUACAGAAGAGACCCCAGAGAAGAGAUACAAGGCCGACCUCGUAGUGAAGUUCCCUGACACCACAGCUAUGCUCAACUACAACGUCACACUGGAGUGCUUCGCUCUGGGCAAUCCGGCCCCUCAUAUCGUCUGGAGGAAGAUAGGUGCUACCGACCUGCCUGCCAGCGCUCAGGUCAGCAUGUCUGGAGCGCUGCUCCACCUCUACAACGUCCAGUAUGAAGACUCAGCAGGGUACGAGUGUGAGGCCAUCAACCAGAAAUGGCAGGACUGGCAUCAGGCGUGGCUCUAUGUAGAGGCUGCUCCUGAGUGGGCUGUGACCAUCAACAACACCCAGAAGGACGUAGGGUCAGAACACACCAUGUCCUGUGUAGCUAAUGGGAAGCCUGGCCCAUACAUUCGAUGGCUCAAGGAUGGAUACUCGUAUGGUAAAGGUGAGCUGAAGUUCUCCAGUCUGACAUUUGAGGACUCUGGGAUGUACCAGUGUAUCGCUGAGAACUACUGGGGUAUCAUCUACGCCAGCGCUGAGCUACGUGUCAUUGCUUGUGCCCCGACGUUUGAGUUGAACCCUGUGAAGAAGUAUCUUCUAGGAGCUAACAACGGCCGUGUGGUCAUAGAGUGUAAGCCCAGAGCUGCCCCCAGACCCAGGUUCACCUGGACCAAGGGAAAAGAAGUGCUCUUCAACAACUCACGUAUCUCCAUCAUGUUCGAUGGGAGUCUGGAGAUCCUGAAUGCCACCAGGAAUGAUGAGGGGGUGUACACCUGCUUAGCUGAGAAUGACAGAGGGAAGGCCAACAGCACAGGGACUCUGACCAUCACAGAGGCGACACAGAUCACAGUAGCCCCAGAGGACACUCAGGUGAUGGUAGGAGAGGAGGUGCAUCUGCAGUGCCAGGCCUCCUUUGACCCCAGUCUGGACAUCACCUUCAUCUGGUCUCUGGAUUUCAGGGUCAUCGACUUCUACCUAGAGUGGAAGCACUAUGAACGCAUCAUGGAUCGUGAGGACAGUGGAGAGCUGAAGAUAAUGAAUGUCCAGUUGAGACACGAGGGACGCUACACCUGUACAGCCCAGACUGUCGUGGACAACGUCACCGCGUCAGCAGACCUCAAGGUCAAAGGUCUUCCUGCUCCUCCCGGUGGGGUGAGGGUUGAGGAGAUCAGGGACACCUCGGUGAAGCUGGUGUGGAACCGAGGGGCCGACCAUGGCAGCCUCAUCCUUGGGUACACCAUCCAGACCAGAGACUUCUACGCACUAACUGAAGUGGACUGGAGGGACGCAUCCACCUCCCCUACGGCCCUGGAUGGCAUGUCAGUGAUGGCUGAUGUUGUGGACCUGUACCCCUGGAUGGAGUAUGAGUUCAGGGUCUAUGCUACUAAUGAGUUUGGAGACGGGGAGGCCAGCAUCCCUUCAAUGAAGAUCAAAACCUGGGACGCAGUGCCUGUGGUGGCCCCGACCAACGUUGGAGGCUACGGGGGUAAAGAUGGAGAGUUGAUCAUCACAUGGACACCCGUACAGCCACAGUACUUCUACGGUAAGAAGUUUGGCUACGUUGUGGCCUUCAAGCCUCAUGAUGAGGUUGACUGGUGGUAUGAGACCAUAUCAGACCCAGAGACACGACGCUACGUCCAUCGAGACGCCUCUUUCAGGGUCAAGUCGAACGACUUCCAGGUCAGGGAGUUCCAGGUGAAGGUGAAGACGUUUAACUCCAAAGGAGAUGGACCCUACAGCCUGUCGACCACUAUCUACUACCCACGAGAUGUCCCCUCUGAGUCUCCUACAGAUGUAUACUCCAGGCCUGUCUCGUCCCAUGAAGCUCUGGUCUGGUGGAUACCAGUCAUGGACACUGGUACCGGCCUUCAGCAGUACAUAGAUGGAUACCAGGUGAAGUACUGGAGGAAGUAUGACGAUACAGAGCCGGGGGCCAAUCGUAUCUUUGUGCCCGCCUCCAUGAACCAGACCAGGCUGGAGAACAUGCUGCCAGACUCGCACUACCUCAUCGAGGUCAGAGCCUACAACGGAGCCGGUGUCGGCCCUCCCAGCGAACACUGCGAGAUGUUCACCAAGAGAGCACCUCCAAGUGUGGCUCCCCAAAUGUGGCGUUACAUCAGCUACUCUGGCAAGUGGCUGUACGUGUGGUGGCACCACAUCUCCUACGACUGGUUUGGCAAUGAGUCCUUCCCACUAUAUUAUAAGGUGAUGUUCAGGAAGACUGGCUACAUCACAGGGCCGAUCUACAUGACGGGCUGGCACUUCAUUGACUUCCCCAUGCCCCAGGUAGGGGACUACGAGCUGGAGGUCAGAGGUCGCUAUGAGGGUGGAGACGGCCCCAUCAGGAAGAUCAGGCUUCAGGGUAAGGCGUCUUUCCUGAGACCCACUCUCAGUCUGGCCGCCAUGCUACUGCUGGCCCUGUGCAUCGUGGGAUUGGGGAUAUAGAGACCCAGGACAUGUCUGGGUGGACUGUGGGAGGUUUCACAGAAACAACUCUCACAUCAACUUCCUACAUCUCCUUAAGGACGUCCAAUCUUUCCCCAACCUCUUACUGUCUGUAUGUCUUCCCACAACAAAACAGAGCACCGUGUCACCAUACAGAAUGACCUGCCUAGCUGUAGAAUCUACGAACGUUACUCUACUGUAGGACGUCCAAUAAAUCCUUUCUGAUUAAUUUAUUGAACAGGGGCUGAAGGAAUUGAUCGGGUACAACAGAGGAAUAGAUGUUUUUCAAUAUGCCUUAUGAUGAAUCAUAUUGUACAAUCCUCCCAACAUAUUCUAGAACGAAAUGUAUAAGACAAUGACGGACUGUAAUCAACACGUACACUGUAUGCCAUUUGUAAUGAGUGAACUGUAAAGGAAUGAUCAGAGUAAGAUUGUAUGUAGCUCAGACACCAACUACACAGCCUCUUCCUCCGUUUGACUCACCCAGCUGUUUUGGUUAUUUAGUUUCCACACGUUUGCCAUUUCAAGACGACACUAGAUUAGAAGUCAUGUGUGUUUAUGUUUGAUUGGUUCGUUGGAGAAUCAUUUUCAUUGUUCUGUAUUGGUGCUGCUGUGAAAAUAGAUAUUUAGUUUUGAUUCCCUUUUCUGUUUAUUUAUCUCUUCAGAUUCGUACACACACACACACUCGGCUCAUAUGGAUAUCGCUAUAACCAACUCUGCAGAGAUUGCUAGCUUUGAAUGCUAUUCUUUCUUACACUGUACUAUACCACACCGUUAAUUAGCUUCGUAUUCGUAGUGAAUUCUGUCUUCUAGAUGCGCAAGCUAAAGCCAUAUCGCUUCGACAAUGCCCCGGUAUUUAGGCUUGUCCCGAUUUUUGCACUGACGAUGGCAGAAUGUUUUAACUGAAUGGUAACAAGAAAUCAGGGUUGAAGAAUAUUGAUGUGCUGCUGUUUUAUUUUAUUAUAGGAUUUGUUUUCCCUUGUUAUGUAUACGAGGAUCAUGCUGUAAACUCAUUAAAUAGAAUACACAUGAAUGCUCCAGGAUUGUAAGUAUCAUGUGAGCGUCACUACGAGG